AUGCAUAACCUGCAAGAAAUGAGGAGGAGUGCUUCCCUGGCAAGUAAAGUGUUUAUACAGAGGGAUUACAGUGAUGGAACCAUGUGUCAAUUUCAGACCAAAUUCCCACCAGAACUAGACAACCGGAUUGAGAGACAACUGUUUGAGGAGACUGUAAAAACCUUGAAUGGAUAUUACAUUGAAGCAGAGAAGAUUGGGGGCAGCUCAUACCUGGAGGGCUGUCUGGCUUGUGCCACUGCAUACUUUAUUUUCCUUUGCAUGGAAACACACUAUGAGAAGGUGCUGAAGAAGAUCUCAAAAUACAUUCAAGAACAGAAUGAAAAGAUAUAUGCACCCAGAGGUCUAUUGAUCACUGAUCCUGUAGAGCGAGGAAUGAGAGUUAUUGAGAUCUCCAUUUAUGAGGACCGGUGUAGCAGUGGCAGCAGCAGCAGUGGUAGCUCCAGCAGUGCAAGCAGUGUUGGGGGAGUCGGAGUACCUACAAGGGCCCGAUGA